AUGUUCGCGAAAUCAUUUCUGACCGCAGCUGCAGCUUGCAGUCUGCUUGUGUCUUCCGUUAACGCGCAUAUGGUCAUCACCAGCCCUGUCCCUUAUGGCGCAGAUAGCCUUACGAACAGUCCUCUCGAACCCGAUGGGUCUGACUUCCCAUGCAAACAACGAUCUGGAGUCUACGAUAUCGGCACAAUGAACCAGAUUCCGGUUGGCGUACCCCAAAAGCUUUCAUUCAAGGGCGGUGCCACCCACGGUGGUGGCUCAUGUCAGCUCUCUGUCACACUCGACAAGGAACCCACCAAGAACAGCCAGUGGAAAGUCAUCCACUCCAUCCUCGGCGGAUGUCCCAACUCGGACGCGGGCAAUGCCAAUGGCUCUCCCGACUACGCCGGGAAUCCAACAUUUGAGUACACUAUGCCUAAGGGUAUGCCUAACGGCGAGUACACAAUGGCAUGGACAUGGUUCAACAAGAUUGGCAACAGAGAGAUGUACAUGAACUGUGCCCCAAUCACAGUCACUGGUGGCGCGGACAACAACGAUGUGCUCGACACACUGCCGGACAUGUUCGUGGCCAACAUUGGCAAUGGUUGCACUACGUGUGAGAACGAGGACUUUGUCUUCCCGCAAUGUGGCCGCAAUGUCGAGACCGUUAUGAAGACUGCCCUCGGAAGCUCUACCAUUGGGACUUGUGCUGUUGCUACUGGAGGCGCAGGAUCUGGCUCUAGCGGUGCUGCCCCCUCUGCACCUGUUGCCUACAGCACUCCUGCAAGCUCCCCUGCUGCGCCAACUGGUUAUGGUUCAGGUUCAGGAGCAUCGGCUCCUGCACAGGGCUCGGCUCCUGAUACUGCUCCUACCGCGCCUUCUUACGGCACUUCUUCUGCUGCAGCACAAGCACCAGCCCCCACAGGCUAUGGCGGUGCAAGCAGUGCCGAAGGCGGACCAGCAGGUGGUGGAGUGGCUACUGCAUACGAGGUCGUCACUCAGACUGCCAUGAGAACCAUCACAGCGGACGGACCGGCGCCGAGUGGAUACGCUUCACCUGCCGCGAGUGGUCCACCCGAAACCUCUGAUGAAUCCGGUUCUUCCAACAAAGCUGCAACGGGCAAUAAAACCUCUUCUUCAUCAAAGUCCAUCGCCUGCACCACCCAAGACGAGAUCAUCUGCAUGGAUGGCGGCAAAUUUGGAAUUUGUGACAACGGAUUCGCAGUUCCCAUGCAACUGUCCGAUGGCAUGAGUUGCUCAGCGGGCGUUAUCUCCAAGCGUAGCAACAUGGGGAGACAUCUCCGCAGGUUUUCAUCGCGAUGCAUAAACCAGCGCUUGCAUUUGUGA